UUCUCUGUUUGAGGCAUCAGUUGAAUUUCAGUAUCACAGAGAAACGCGUUGAGAAAGCGCUAAUCAAAGUAAAACAAAAAUUUUUAAAGUUGUAAAAUUGUUUGUAUUUGAAAUAAAACGCAGACAACAGUAAAAAUGGCAAACCUACCAUUGAUCUUGAGCUUGGCUGACGAUUUGGGUCGUCUAACUCCAUUCUACGAACCGGUGUUUUACUCACGGUGGCCGACAUUGGCUGGCGCUCCUGGUAAUCAGCUGCGUAAAUUGGAAAAGGAUUUGCCGCUUGCCACCUUAGGAAAGGAUGGUUUCCAAGCCAGUUUGGAUGUGCAGCAAUUUAAGCCAAGUGAAUUAAGUGUUAAGGUAGUCGAUGACCAUGUCAUUGUAGAGGGCAAACACGAGGAGCGUGAGGAUGAUCAUGGCUACAUUUCGCGUCAUUUCGUUCGCCGCUAUGCAGUGCCAAAAGGUUUUCAAGCAGACAGAGUAGAGUCCACAUUGUCAUCGGAUGGCGUAUUGACUGUGCGCAUACCAAAACCCGCCAUCGAAGAUAAGUCAAAUGAGCGUGUUAUCCAAAUCCAACAGACGGGUCCCGCGCACUUGAAUGUAAAGGAAAACCCUAAGGAGAAUGCGAGCACAGGAGAGCCAGAAGCUUAAACAGCCUUGAACAAAGCUGAAAGUAGUUCUCAGGGACAACUCUUUUAUGCCUCAUAACUUCAUUCAUUACGAAAUUUGUUUGUUAAGUUUUUUCAACUAGUAUUCAGCAUUUGUCUGUCCAUUUGACUACUGCCAAAAAUGUGUAUUACAUAAUAGUAUUUAAAUAAAUCCCUGCAAUUUUUAAAAAGUUAAA